AUGGGACUACACGGUGCGUGGCUACUGCAGCGGACCACCGUGCUGAUCGCUGCUGUAUUUGCCUGCAGCUUUCAACUAUCGGAUAGUGCCACCGCACGGCCCACCACGUUGAAUUGCAUCUACAGUGCAACAAAGUGCACAUUCGCCGGUGCUUCGGUACGCAUAAUCAACGACAGCCCGCUACCGGCGUACCAGUUGGCGAUUAGUGGGUACGAUGGCGUAUCCGAUCUCACCGUUUCCUUCGCGAACAGUGUGGUGGAGUAUGUUCCAGGGUUGGUUUUUGCCCCGUUACCGAACACCACAGUGAUCCGAUUAACCGGAACGCAAACGCGCGUCAUAAACGAGGAUGCUUUUCAAGGCUUGAAACGUGUUAGUGCGAUUAUGAUUGCCGAUAAUCCGUUGGAAUUUCUGCCCAAAAAUAUCUUUCGCGAGCUGUACACACUGCGCACAUUAAAGCUUAUUGAUAUUGGCCUGACCACCAUCGCUCCCGAGUGGUUCCGUGAUCUGGGACAGCUGAAUUUCCUUACCGUGACGAAGAAUCGUGUUCGCACAUUGGAUGCGGCCGUUUUCCAGCGCUGUCCCAAAAUUUGGAACCUCGAUCUCUCCGGGAAUGCAAUCGAAAGUUUACCGGAAACGGUGUUCGAUCCGCUGACCGACGUAGAGUCCAUCAAGCUGGAUAAUAAUCGUUUGGAAGAGGUACACGAGAACUUGUUUGCCAACACAGGCGACCUGCGGCGGUUGACACUCAGCAACAACUCGCUCACGUUUGUGUCGCCUAUUUUGCUGCGAAACUUAAGUAAUCUUGAAGAGCUACACCUGCGCUGGAAUCGGAUCGAAGAUUUUCAGCUACUAUUUUUCCCCUCGAUUAAACCGUUUGCGUUAGAUCUGCGAAAUAAUGGGCUCGUUUCGUUUGAUCGAACCAUGCUCACCGUGCUGGAAAAUCUUGAUGCCAUCUGGCUGAAUGAUAAUCGCAUUACCACCAUUGCGCCCGAUACGUUUCAUGAUGCGGUCAACACCACACUGAUUGAGCUGGACGAUAACUAUCUGGAGGUGCUGCCGGUGGAGCUGCUGGCGGGCCUCACUCAUUUGCGGGUAUUUGCGGCAAGCAACAAUAAAAUAAAAGCCGUCCCAGAGGAGCUAUUUCUCGAGAAUCUCGAGGUAAAGCAGAUACGUCUCGCGGGCAAUCUUAUCGAAACGUUGCCGGCAAAGUUUUUCGCCGAACUGCCGAUCCUGGAGGAGCUGUAUCUCAACCGGAACAAUCUCGUGGCGUUGCUGGAGGACGCCUUCGUGGAUUGUCCCGUGCUGCGCGUAAUACAACUGGGACAUAAUCAACUGGCCUCGAUUUCACCGCGUACUUUUGCACAGCAACAGCAAAGCAUUCGAUUGCUCGAUAUUAAGUCCAACCACUUGACCAGCAUAGAAUUCGUAAAAGGAUUAAAGUAUCUCACUAGACUCGAUUUGGAGGCAAACGGGAUAAGCGAGCUGCAGGGAAACUCCUUUGAAGGAGCAUCCAACAUAACUCAACUGCUUCUGUCGUACAACAAUCUGAACCGUCUGACAAGUGAAUAUUUCCAGGGCCUAAGCAAACUUAGGGUGUUGAAUGUAUCAAAUAAUGCUAUCAAUCGUAUUGAAGCUGAUACCUUCAAAAAAAUGUCAGCGCUCGAUGAGUUGCACCUCAACGGAAAUGAAAUCGAUAGCUUGCCAUCUGAAGUCUUCACAGCACUGAGCGCCCUCAAGAAACUUUCCGUGGGAAACAAUAAGCUUGAAGAUAUUUCAGCUACGUUAUUACAGAGCCUACCCAUGCUUCAAGAAUUUGAUCUGUCCAAUAACCCGAUCGUGAACGUUAAUGAACAAUUUCUUCACUAUACGCUCAACAUGCAGCGUCUGUCUCUUAACGGAAUCCGCCUUCAGCGCCUUGGUAAGAACUUUCUGCUCAAACCGUUAGCCCUGCAGUUCCUUAGUCUAGAAAGAUGCUCAAUUGCGGAAAUCGACACGGAAUCAUUUUCGUCGUUUGGUUCGAUAUAUCCAGCGGUGUUGCUGUUACGCGGAAACGAGUUAAGUGUGCUGCCGAGAGGGUUGUUUCUCAAUUCUCGGAUGCUGGCAGUGCUGGAUUUAUCGUUAAAUCGACUCAUCGAACUGAGCCCGGAUGCCUUCGCAUCCGAUAACGCGUUGCACGAGCUCUACUUGGAAGGUAACAUGAUUCAUCGGCUGUGGCCAAGGAACUUUUACAAAUUCCGUAACCUGAAGGUACUGAAUUUAAGAAACAACUCCAUUGAAUGGAUCCCGGAUGGUACCUUUGAAGGGUUAGAUAGUUUGAAGGUACUAGAUUUUGGCAAUAACAAGCUGACCCGAUUACCGCCGACGGUGUUUGCUAACCUGAUAAGCUUAGAGUUUAUUAGCGCCGAUGGAUUGGGCUUGCAGACGCUGGACAGGGAUUUGUUUACUAAUCAACCAAACCUUAAGGCGAUUUUCCUGCAGAACAAUCGGCUUGAUGAGCUGGAGCUGGGCAUGUUCCGUAAAAAUGCCUUACUCAAGCAACUUAGCAUUGCAAACAAUUCAUUCAUCAGCUUUCCAUUGCACGAAUAUAAGCAGCUAAAUGAAUCGCUUCGUUCAUUGGACGUGUCAGACAACGCGAUCGAAACGUUGAUUGUGACGCCGGCUUUAGAGGAGUUGAAGGCGUCACGAAAUCAAAUUUCACACAUCUUUUCAGUUGCCGAAGUCGACCCGGCUCUGGUUAAUAUCGAUCUGUCAUCCAACCGGCUUUCUACUGUCGAGGAUUUGAGCGGUUUUAAACAUCUGGAAGUGUUGGACGUCUCUCAUAAUCCGCUUGAUGCGUUUGAUUUUACACAUUUAGCUGCGUUCUACAAUCUUACCUAUUUCAACGCUUCCUCUUUAGACGUGUCCACGCUAUCUCUGACCACUGACGGUAUGCUGCUUCCGUCCCUUACCAGUCUGGACUUGUCCAACAACGGCAUACAAGCUGUGUCUGAGGAGUUUCUGAAUAGUUUCCCAAGACUUACGCAGCUCUAUCUACAAAAUAAUCCUCUGCAUGGAUACACCUACAAGUUCUUUUUCGACAUUUUCCCCUCACUGACAUUGCUUGGUUUGGAUCUAUUUAAAGCUUACGAAAAUCCGAAACAUCUUCCCUCCGUUCGCAUGCCACCAGCACGUUCCAUUCUCAACCUGUACAGUUCAAAAAAGGAGCUCACUGGAGGAGGUUUUAUGUUAGGGGAGAGCAUGGCAGCAUGA